AAUCGAAUCCAAUUUCUUACCUGGCAGCGGGUCCGAGCCGCCGGCGCCGUCGUUUUGGGCUGUUAAGUAGGCCCAACAGUUGCGUUGUCCAAACUCAUCUUCUUCGUCUCUAUCUUAAAACCUUAUUCUUUCUGUGUCUGCCAACCAUCUCCAAUGGCGGAAUCCAAACCCAGUCCGACACAUACUUCAUCAGAUAAAGAAGUAAAGGCACCAAAUUUGAUUGAAAGAGCAAAGGAAGAGGUUGGAGCAAUGUUGCAUCACAAAGACGAAUCAAAUCACCAUCACGAGGAAACUCAUGGUUUGCGUAAAGACAUUGAUGAGAAGACCCCAUUAGAAGAAGUUAAAGCUCCAAAUGUGUUUGAGCGAGCAAAGGAGGAGUUCGAGGCUAUAGUUGAAGCAAUUCAUUUCAAGAAGGAAUCUGAUUCGAGUGUUGAAAUUAAAAAGGAGUCAAAGCAGGACAAAGCUGAAUCAAAAUCAGAAAAUAAUGGCAACUCACCUAGAUUUUUAGAUUAUGCCAAGGGAAAGAUUAAAACAAUCAUGCACCAUGACAAGUCGCCAAAGCUUCACAACAAAGAAACUCACGGGACGAGUGAUGAAAUUGACAAUACUACCCCAGUGGAUCACGUCAAGGCUCCCAAUGUCUUUGAAAGAGCAAAGGAAGAAAUCGAGGCCAUUGUCCAGACGAUUCAUCCCAAGAAAGAAGAGAAGAAUUCAGUCUCCCCACCCAAGUAGAAGGAAGGCGGAUCGGUAAAGGGCUGGAGAAAGUGUGCUGUCCUCGCAGUAAGAACAAAGACUAGCCGUGAUUGAUAAACUUGGAUCAUUUGUUAUUGACAUUAUAUUUACACAGUUCAUGAAAUCAAUAUGAAUUCAACAGCCACAUGGGGGGAAUUUAUAUCGCUAUAACGUGUGUUGAAAAUUGAAAUA